ACUAAGACAAACACAGAAAAUGCCUCCAAAGAGGAAAAGUGAUGCCAUCAUUAAGGUUGAAGAUGUUGGGAUGGAGGUGGAUGUUGAGUCGGACAGUGGGAGUGAAGAGGAAGCCAGGAGGAGAGCUAAAAACAGAAGAGCCAAACCACAGCGGAAAGCCAAGCGGGUUAGCGAUGACGAGGAGGAAGAGGAGGAUGAGGAUGAGUCACCGAGGAAAAGAGGACGGAAGAAGAAGGCCAAACCCCAGGACAGUGAUGAAGACGAAGAGGAGGACAACCGCAGUGUGAAAAGCAAAAGCUCGAAAGCCUCCAGGAGGAAAGCUGCGAAGGAGGAGAGCAAUGAGGAGAGCGAAGAUGACCGACGGAAAGGGAACAAACGAAAGAAAUCCGUAUCCAAACAGGAGAAAGAGGAGCAGAAUAAGGAGAAGAAGGGGAAUGGUAAAGGGAAAGAAGGGACGAAGGGUAAAGGUGGUGAAAAGGACAAGAAAAAGAAGAAUGGGAAGUUGAGCAGCUCGUCCUCUGACUCUGACUCUGAUGAGGAUUCGCUGUCGGAGGGAGAGAUGGAGGCCCUGAAGGAACAGGUAGAGGAGAAGAAGAAAGUGAUUGCUACAUUAAGGAACCAACCGUGGCGCAUGAAGAGGAGACUCGUAGUGCUCAAAGAGGCCCAGGAGUUUGUUGAAAGAUUUGAAGGAGCUCUCGGGAAAGGAAGAGGCCGGAAGCUGUAUGCAUUCAAAGUCAUGAUGUCGAAGAAACUAAUCAAGUUUAAACGUGACUUUGAAAACUUCAAAACAGCCUGUAUCCCCUGGGAGAGGAAGAUAAAGGAAGUAGAAAGUCACUUCGGAUCAUCAGUAGCAUCCUACUUUAUUUUUCUGCGGUGGAUGUACGGUCUGAAUCUGGUCCUGUUUGGGUUCAUGUUUGGCCUGGUGAUGCUACCUGAGAUUCUUAUGGGUCUCCCCUAUGGCUCCAUUCCCAGGAAAACUGUGCCUCGAGAGGAGCAGCCCACCGCCAUGGACUACUCUGUGCUCUUUGAGUUUGGAGGAUACUGCAAGUACUCAUUUUUGUUCUACGGGUACUAUGACCACCAGCGAACGAUCGGGUUGUUGAAGUUCAGACUCCCCCUGUCCUACCUACUGGUCGGCGUUGGCAUCUUUGGAUACAGCCUGAUGGUUGUCAUACGAACGAUGGCUCGUAACGCAAACGAAGGAGGAGAUGGGGCAGAGGAGGGAGACUUCACCUUCAGUUGGAAGAUGUUCACCAGCUGGGACUACCUGAUAGGAAAUCCUGAGACUGCGGACAAUAAAUACGCCUCCAUUACAACCAGUUUUAAGGAAUCCAUCGUGGAUGAACAGGAGAACCAGAAAGAUGAGAACAUCCAUCUGCGACGGUUCCUCAGGUUUCUGGCAAACUUUAUGAUCAUCUCUUGCCUUGGAGGCAGCGGAUACCUCAUCUACUUUGUGGUGAAACGUUCUCAGGAGUUUGCCAAGAUGGGAAAAGAAAAUCUCUCAUGGUUUGAAAAGAAUGAGGUGGAGUUUGUGAUGUCUCUGCUGGGGCUGGUGUGCCCUCCUCUCUUUGAAACCAUCGCAGAAUUAGAAGAUUAUCACCCUCGUAUCGCACUCAAGUGGCAGCUGGGACGAAUCUUCGCCCUCUUCCUUGGAAAUCUUUACACCUUCCUCUUCGCCCUGUUUGACGAGGUCAAUGCCAAGUUGGAGAGCGAGAAGUCAAUCAAAAAUUCCACUGAAUGGAUUUACAAUCAGUACCAUGCCAACUACAGCUCCUUCUUCAACACAACAGAUGUGCCGCCUCCAGCUGUGCACCCUGCUGACGUCAUCAGAGGACCCUGCUGGGAGACUGCUGUGGGAAUAGAAUUUGUGAAGUUGAUUGUGUCAGACAUUCAAGUGACGUAUUUGACCAUCCUGAUUGGUGACUUUGUGCGAGCUGUCACUGUGCGCUUCCUGAACUACUGCUGGUGCUGGGACCUGGAGGCUGGAUUUCCUUCAUAUGGAGAGUUUGACAUAAGUGGAAAUGUGCUCGGGCUCAUCUUCAAUCAAGGAAUGAUAUGGAUGGGAGCGUUUUAUGCUCCAGGUCUGGUGGGCCUUAACGUCCUGCGUCUCCUGACCUCGAUGUACUACCAGUGCUGGGCAGUGAUGUGCUGUAACGUUCCUCAUGAGCGAGUAUUCAAGGCCUCACGAUCGAACAACUUCUACAUGGGCCUGCUGCUGCUCGUGCUGUUUCUCAGUCUGUUGCCUGUCGUCUAUACCAUCAUGACCUUGUCGCCCUCCUUCGACUGUGGGCCAUUCAGUGGUCAGGAGAAGAUGUAUGAUGUGGUCAUGGAGACUAUAGAACAGGACCUGCCAGCCUUCAUAGGGAACAUUUUUACAUACGCCACUAACCCUGGACUCAUCAUGCCUGCUGUCCUCCUCAUGGUGUUGGCCCUUUACUACCUGAAUGCAGUGUCAAAAGGAUACCAACAAGCAAACAUAGACCUUAAAAAGAAGAUGCAAAUGGCUCGAGAUGAGGAGAAGAACCGCAGGAACAACAAGGACAGCACUAAUCAGGUGAUGAAAGACUUGGAGGACCUGCUGCCAAACAAGUCUCUAGCACCACCUCCCAUCGAGGAAGAGCCUCCACCUGAUGUUGUAACCGAGAAGGGUAGCAAGUCUCCCAAAAUGAAGCCAGGUGCAGCAAGGAAAGGAGUUAAUCUGCAAAAGGAUGUUUCACUGGCUGCCCCGAACCCAAGAGCUCCGGUGACCCGUGCCCCGGGGCCAAGAAGAGGCCCUCCUGGAAACACGAGGGGGCCUCAACCUGGGCCUGGGAGAGGGAGAGGUCGGGGUGGGCCUCCAAGGCAAUAAGACUCAAGGAGUAAAAUCCA